GUGUCACUUCAGACUGGCCAAUCACACGUAGUCUUAUCUGUGAGAGUGAAGAAAAGAUCAACUGUCUUUUCACUCAAGUGAGAAGUUUGAGCACGAUGACAUCUCCAAAGUUUCUUUUCUACCUGACCUGUUUGUUCUUGGAGAAAAUAGUGACUUCAAGUCAGCCAACUAACCCGAAUUUGUUCCCAUCAGUUCGGCAAGAUGGGGGUUUUCUAUCAGCUAAUGUUGGUGAUAGCCUAACUUUGCAAUGUUUCUAUGAAGAUAAGGACACUACAAGACUUUACUGGUACAAACAAACUCUAGGACAGAAGCCAAGGCUCAUCUCUACCUUCUAUAAGUUCGACCCAAAAGGCACUUUUCAUAAUGAAUUCAAGAACAAUACACGCCUCACGCUGGAUACUGGAAAUGGUAAAAAUCACUUGAAGAUCUCAGAUUUACGCAUUUCAGACUCAGCCACUUACUACUGCGUGAAUAGCUUUUCAUCCACUUUUGAAUUUGCCGAAAGCAUCACUGUCAGUGUGAAGGGUUCAGGUUCAAACAUCCCAGCUUUGGUCCAUCAGUCAGCAUCUGAGACCAUCCAGCCAGGAGGCUCUGUGACUCUGAACUGUACAGUACACACUGGGACCUGUGAUGGAGAACACAGUGUUUACUGGUUCAAAGACUCUGAAGAAUCUCAUCCAGGACUCAUUUACACCCAUGGAGGCAGGAAUGAUCAGUGUGAGAGGAAACCCAACACACAAACACACACCUGUGUCUACAACUUGCAGAUGAAGAGCCUGAAUCUUUCUCAUGCUGGGACCUACUACUGUGCUGUUGCCUCAUGUGGACACAUAUUGUUUGGAAAGGGGACCAAGCUGGACUUUGAAGAUGAUAAAGACUCUCUUGUCUUGGUGUAUUUCUUGAGUGGAGCGUUGGCAUUCAUCACCAUCCUGAGUGUUUUACUGGCAUUUUUACUGUACAUUAAGACUACGACAAACAACAGCCAAAACAGAGAAUCUGAAGCAAGAUCCUCCACGACAAACGCAGAGGGUUACACAAAUGAGGAUAAUCUCCAUUAUGCUGCUCUGAGGAUUAACAAGGCCAGCAGAGCAAGAAGACAGAGGACCGUCGCAGAGGACGAAUGUGUGUACUCCAGUGUAAAGCAAUAAAUCCACAUGUUUCAUCGUUGUGUAACAGGACGUGACCCCAUUACUGUCUUUUAAAGUCUAGUUUUCAGUUUGUUUUCAACAAUGUUUCCUCUAAAAAUCUUCAUUGUGAAACUUCACCUUGUAUAAACUACCUAAAGAAGCUCUUCUAAUGACAAUACAUGAAGUUCUAUUAUUUCCACUAAUUCUGUAGUUACUCCAUUCUACUGACUUAUUUUAAUCAUGCUGAAUGGAUGACACCAAACCUUCUGAGAGGCAAAUUAUGACAAGAUCGUCCUCAUCUGUAGCGUCACUUUGGUGCACACGCACGGCAGCUCAACAGUAAGGACAGAAAAUGCAUGCGAAAAAAAACAACAUUUUGAGCUCAACACGACAUCAAAAAAAAGGUGAUGCUGUUUGCAGCCUUUGUAAAAUGCAACUGCAACUAAUCUGAUGCUCCUAUUAGUGUGGCAGCAGAGACCCAGCAAAUAAACAGAACAUCAUUUAUUCUACAGCAUAGUUUAAGAUGUGGUCCAUGGUGUAAAGAUAAAAUCUCUCUGUGGUUAUGUAAGCUUUUGUACUGUGCAUAUUUGUGUGUGUGUGUCUGUGUGUGCGUACCCACAAACCAUUAAUCUCAUCUACUAAUGCGGUAAGGGAAAUGUAAAUUGCCAAGCCAGAAUGGUUUAUUCAUGAAUAUAUAAACACGGCAUCCUGUGAAACCAAGAUAAUAUACAGUAGCACUGAGACAUUUAUAAUUCUACUUAUCUGAGCUUCUCUGUGGUUUCAAAGUACGAGAGAGCCUCAGAUCGCUUUUAAGAGCGGUGUGGGAGGAAGUGGCACUAUUUUCUUCAGAUCAGAGAAGGAAGGGUUACAUCUGCUCUGGGUUAGAAAACAUAGCAGACAGAUUAACCUCUGAAAAAAAUUCUGAAGUGGGAUGACAACAUGUUUAAAGAAAUUAGGCAGCCACAACUUUAAGGGAUUAAAAGAGUUCCCCUUAUCACUGAGCUUAGCUACGAUAGACGGACCAUCAUUUUAAUGUGUCAUUUAUUAUCUGCAUGGAAUAUGUCUGACAAAUUCAGGCUUUCUCAAAUGAGUUUGGUAAUUAUUAUCAUUUAUGAAUGUACAAAACAUUAUUUCACCUUACAUGUCUUUCUAUAUUUGAUUGAAAAUAUCUGAAUAAAAAGGCCUACAUUAA